AAACAGACGACGCCUUCAAGUCUAGCUGCACGCACGAGAGUGGAGUUGGAGUCGUCGGCAAAUUUCGUGACGCUUUUUUUCGGUAUUUGGACAAAAAUUUUUGAAAGCCAUCAUUCCCCACAUUUCCCGCUACGAAAACUUGUGAUUCGCUUACAGCGCGGCAAACAAAAUUCAAUAUAUAAAUUAAAAUUAAAUCUAAAGUGCAUUAAAUAUAAGACUGUCUGUUGUUCAUGAAAAGCUUAUAUUUAAAUCAAAGUAUAAAAGUGUUCAAUUAAGUGCAAUUCAACACGAAAGUGAUUCAAUUUUACACAUUUUUUUAACAAAUUUAACUAAAAAAAAAGAAAAUAAGAUUAAUUAUGAUGAAGAUGCAGCAAAGUGCGUUAUUUCCUCUGGCCCUCAUUUUGAUCUCCAGUGGAGUGGCAUUCGCCUGCCAUGGAAAGCUAAUCGCAUCGGGCAUCAGCACCGAGGAGAGAUCAAUCAUCUUGCAGGAACACAAUCGCCUCAGGCAACUUGUGGCCACCGGACGGUAUCCGGGCCAACCCGGUGCCGAGAAUAUGCGUGAGAUAGUCUGGGACGAUGAGCUGGCUGCCCGAGCCCAACAAUGGGCCGACAAUUGCCAGUUCCGACACGAUCCGCAUCGCACAAUAAAUCGCUUUACCAUGGGUCAAAAUCUGGCCGUUAUUUGGAGCACUGCACCGCUGGAAGCUAACGAUGGUGAUUUUCCAUCGCGCAUCCAGAACUGGUUCAAUGAGGUACAAAAGUAUUCCUUUGGCGAUGCCUGGUCCCCCAAAACUGGCCACUACUCCCAGCUCGUCUGGGGUGAGACCAGCUUGGUGGGCUGUGGCUUUGCCGAAUACAAGGAUAACAUUAAAUACAACAAGCUCUACGUGUGCAACUAUGGACCUGGUGGCAACGUUGUCGGCUAUAAUCCCUAUGAGGCGGGCAAACCCUCUUGCUCCACGUAUGGCAUGAAACCCUCGGCACGUUAUCAGGGUCUGUGCGCCGCACCCGGUGCAUCUCCCAAUAGCGUCUAUGGCGGCAAUACAAUUGAAACGUAUGAGUUUAGCUACAGCAACAGCAACCAGAAUAACAACAACAAGCCGACUAACAACAUUAACAAGAGCAACAGCAACUCAAACAAAAACCGAAAUUACAAUAAUCCUCACAAUCAAUUUGCCUCCACCUCCCCCUCCUACUCUAAAUUCAAUCAACAGGCAUCACAGGCGUCGUCCACGUCCGGUGGCCACUCCUUUGGCACUAACUCGCGUGGUGGUAGUCAGGCCUACACAACGGAGAAUAGUCAGCAACAUUCCGGCAAGUAUAGGCACAAGCUCGAGGCAUAUCGUCCAAGUGCGGCGCAGUUCGAGAAAUCCGUACAGAAGCACACCAUACUACGCACCUAUAUAGAACCCAAUUCCAAUCGCGACGAGCAAGAACAGCAGCAGCAGCAGCAGCAGGUGGAGCCUGAGCAGGAUAGUGCAGACACGGCCAGCUCAACGAAGCCAAGUCGUGGUUGGAGCCUUUUAACUUGGCGCGGUUAGGUGUAGAUAACACGUCACCCCCUCUGCCCUUGCCCCUUCCCACUUCUCACUGCUAUGCCCCCUAUGUCUAUGCCGCAGAAUGUAUUAGCUCACCGCCCAGUAAUAACUACUAUGUAGUGUCAUUAGAACCAUCUUCGAUUCUGAGUUUCAAAGUAUACCUUCUACAACCAGACUAUCUCCUACUAUGACUACUAUCUUAUAGCAAAUAAUAGGCUCCUACUUAUUUAAACAUUCCCAUUUAAACAAAUUGCCAUAUGUUGUAACAUAAAUAUUAGCAUUAUAAAAACUAUUUUCGAAAUUAUACUUUUACAUAUUUUUUAAAUUAUUUAUAUUUUUUAAGAUUCACUGUUUUUUCUACAAUAGAAUCAUUUGGGACAUUUAUCAUUAAUUCAAACAACUACCGAAUAUUUGUAUCAAAUGUUUGUACCUUAAAAAAUUUGUGAAUUCCAAAAAAAUAAUCUGCACCUAACAUCAAAUUAAUUAUACGAUUGUGUUCAGAUCAAAUAAAACAGCAAGAUGAUUUUUAUAAAAAGAAAA